UAGAGAAAAAAUGUACAAACAUAUUUACUCUAGUAUGCACAUGAGUAAACUUGUUUACCCCAGUUUUCUCUCUUUCCCAUUUCUACUUUUUCACUCUUUUUUCACUUUUAAAUUUUUUUCUCUCAUUUUACUCUAAAUUUACCAAUCACAACCAAGUGCAUUAUUACAAGUAUUACAUAUUCUUGGAACAAAAUCUUGAUAGAGCUUUUUUUUUUGGUCAAAUCUUGAUAGAGCUUAUUAGAUGUACUUUUGUAAAGGAUGUCUCCUAGUUUGUUUGAUUCAUUGACAAAACAAGGAUACGAACUCUCACAUCUACACUCUUAACCAUCAGCCUUUUAAACUUAUUUUUACUUCCUCGGUUUGAACAUAUAUGAUGUUUUAUGAAAUAUCCAACCAAAACUCGUAAUCUCUAAAUCUGAAACUACAUCAUUUGACUUUUAGACUUUUGCAUAUAGUAUUUUCUCAGCUCAACUAACAACGCUUAAUCUCGAGCUCCAUUUAAUAUCCACAAACAAAAAAAAAAUCUCAGAACUCAUUUCUUUGUUUAAAUUUGUUAUGUUUCUCUCCAGUUUUUUUUUGUUGUAAAUGUUUCUUAAUUUUUCACUUUCAAACCUUCUGGCUUCUACUUUACCUGAAAACACCCAAAGAUCCUAAAAAAGGAGAGAGGUUUUAACGGGUAUAUAGAUCCUAUCACAUUAAACUUGGAAGUGAAGUUAGUAAAUUCGAAAAACUUUAUAGCUAUUUCCGUAAUUAUUUGAAAUCUACUAGUAGUCACUGAGAACUGGUAAGCGAACCAAAACCACUCACGUGUGAGAGAAAAAAGUAAACCGAACCGAACCAAUGAAUCGUCUCUUCACCAAAUCGCUCUGCACUUCCUCCGCCGCCGCCGCCAACCUAAAACCACCACCGCCCGAUCCCGCCGCCAUCUCCAAACUCAUCCUCUCUUCCCCCAUCCAAUCCCCACUGUCCCCAAACACCCCAUGGACCCCACACCUCGUGAACUCAAUCCUCAAACGCCUCUGGAACCACGGCCCAAAGGCCCUCCACUUCUUCCACCUCCUCGACCGCCGCCACCGCAGCUACAUCCACUCCCCCUCCUCCUUCAACCUCGCGAUCGACAUCGCCGCGCGCCUCCACCUCCACACCACCGUCUGGUCCCUGAUCCGCCGCAUGCGCUCCCUCCGCAUCGGCCCCUCCCCGAAAACCUUCGCCAUCGUCGCCGAGAGGUUCGCCUCCUCCGGGAAGCCCGAUAAAGCCGUGAACCUCUUCCUCAACAUGCACGAGCACGGCUGCUCUCAAGAUCUCGCCUCGUUCAACACGAUCCUCGACGUCCUCUGUAAAUCCAAACGCGUAGAGAAGGCUUACGAGCUCUUUAAGGAUCUUAGAGGAAGGUUUAGCGCUGACGUGGUGACUUACAACGUGAUUGUUAACGGUUGGUGUUUGAUCAAACGCACCCCAAAGGCCUUGGAGGUGUUGAAAGAGAUGGUUGAGAGAGGGAUCACCCCUAACCUCACCACUUACAACACAAUGCUCAAAGGCUUCUUUAGGUCAGGGCAGGUGAGGCAGGGAUGGGAGUUUUUCUUGGAGAUGAAGAAACGUAAUUGCGGAAUCGGAAUCGGAAUCGAUGUUGUGACCUAUACUACAGUUGUUCACGGGCUCGGCGUCGCAGGGGAGGUUAAGAGAGCUAAGAAAGUGUUCGACGAGAUGAUUAGAGAAGGAGUGCUACCUUCUGUAGCCACGCACAAUGCGUUGAUACAGGUUCUGUGUAAGAAAGAUACUGUGGAGAAUGCGGUUUCGGUGUUUGAGGAGAUGGUGAGGAAAGGUUAUGAGCCGAAUGUGACGACUUACAAUGUGUUGAUAAGAGGGUUGUUUCACGCCGGGGAGUUUACUCGAGGAGAGGAGAUGAUGCGGACGAUGGAGGAGGAAGGUGGGUGUGAGGCGAGCUUUCAGACGUAUAAUAUGAUGAUGAGAUACUAUUUGGAGUGCGGCGAGGUUGAGAAAGCGUUGGGGUUGUUUGAGAGGAUGGGGAGUGGGGGCUGCUUGCCGAAUUUGGAUACUUAUAAUAUACUGAUAAGUGGGAUGUUUGUGAGGAAGAGAUCGGAGGAUAUGGUGGUGGCUGGGAAGCUGUUGGUUGAGAUGGUUGAGAGAGGGUUUGUGCCGAGGAAGUUUACUUUUAAUCGGGUUCUGAAUGGGCUUCUUUUGACUGGGAAUCAAGGUUUCGCGAAGGAGAUCUUGAGGUCGCAGAGUAAAUCUGGUAGCCGGCUUACUAAGAAGUUCAGGUUAUGAAUCUCUUAUGUGCGUGUGAAAGGGGAAAGACAUUGCAUUAUUGAAGUUAUUGCAGACUCACUGAAUCAGGAAAGGCAUUGUUCAGAGAGGAUAGAGCAAGAACAGUGUGUCAAAACUGCUAAAUUACACAAUUGCUUUAUUAUCAUGGGCCAAAAAAUUCAGUGCGUUUUACAGUAGCUGUGUGUCUGAGUAUAGAUGAUGGAAUCUGAUACAAAGUUGGCAAUUUUUAUGUAAAGUAAAUGAUUCAUUUGA